AGAGAACAAAUCCUUUUUUCAAUACUUACACUCCUUAUUAUAUUAGUUAAUAAUCCUAGUGAUUGUAUUGAUAUGCUUAUUCUGAUAGGAAAUAAGAUAUUCAAAUAAAUUAAAUGAUUUUUCGUCGAAUGACUAUUCAUCUAUUGUAUUUUCAUGCAAAUAUGGAGCAAGAAAACUCUAUGAAAAGAUGGUGGUUCAAUUCGAUGUUAUUUAAGAAGGAGUUCGAACACAGAUGUAGGCUAAGUAAAUCAAUGGGCAGUCUUGGUCCUAUUGAAAAUGCUAGUGAAAGUAAAGAUCCGAAUAGAAAUGAUACGGAUAAAAACAUUCAGGGUUGGGGUGGUCAUGACAAUUACAGUAAUGUUGAUCUUUUUUUUGGCGUCAAGGACAUUCGGAAUUUUUUCUCUGAUGAUACUUUUUUAGUGAAAGAUAGUAAUGGGGACAGUUAUUCUAUAUAUUUUGAUAUUGAAAAUCAUAUUUUUGAGAUUGCCAAUGAUCAUCCUUUUUGUAGUGAACUAGAAAGUUCUUUUUAUCGGAAUUCUAGUGAUCUGAAUAAUGGAUCUAAGAGUAAGAAUCCCGACCACGAUCGUUACAUGGAUGAUACUCAGUAUACUUGGAAUAAUCACAUUAAUAGUUGCAUUGACAGUUAUCUUCAGUACCAAAUCUGUAUUGAUAAUUACAUUGUAAGUGGUAAUGACAAUUCCAGUAACAAUAAUUCCAGUAACGAGAAUUCCAGUAACGAGAAUUCCAGUAACGAGAAUUCCAGUAACGAUUACAUUUCUAGUUCCAUUUCUAGUCAAAGUGAAAAUAGUAGUCAAAACGAGGAUAUCACAACGAGUGAUCAAACUAUACCAGAAAGUUCUACUCAUAUGGGUGUAACUCAACAAUACCGGCAUUUGUGGGUUCAAUGCGAAAAUUGUUAUGGAUUAAAUUAUAAGAAAUUUUUUAAAUCAAAGAUGCAUCUUUGUGAACAAUGUGGAUAUCAUUUGAAAAUGAGUAGUUCAGAUAGAAUCGAACUUUUGAUCGAUCCGGGCACUUGGGAGCCUAUGGAUGAAGACAUGGUCUCUCUGGAUCCCAUUGAAUUUCAUUCGGAGGAGGAGCCUUAUAAAAAUCGUAUCGAUUCUUAUCAAAGAAAUACAAGAUUAACCGAGGCUGUUCAAACAGGCAGAGGGCAACUAAACGGUAUUACCGUAGCAAUUGGGGUUACGGAUUUUCAGUUUAUGGGAGGUAGUAUGGGAUCCGUAGUCGGGGAGAAAAUUACCCGUUUGAUUGAAUACGCUACUAAAGAAUUUCUACCUCUUAUUAUAGUGUGUGCUUCCGGAGGGGCACGCAUGCAAGAAGGAAGUGUGAGCUUGAUGCAAAUGGCUAAAAUAUCUUCUGCUUUAUAUGAUUAUCAAUCAAAUAAAAAGUUAUUCUAUGUACCAAUUCUUACAUCUCCUACUACCGGUGGGGUGACAGCUAGUUUUGGUAUGUUGGGGGAUAUCAUUAUUGCCGAACCCAAUGCCUACAUUGCCUUUGCGGGUAAAAGAGUAAUUGAACAAACAUUGAAUAAAACAGUACCCGAGGGUUCACAAGCGGCCGAGUAUUUAUUCCAGAAAGGCUUAUUCGAUCUAAUCGUACCACGUAAUCCUUUAAAAAGCGUUCUGAGUGAGUUAUUUCAACUACACACUUUCUUUCCUUUGAAUCAAAAUUAGAACAUUAAGUUCAAUUAUUUUGAGCAAACAAGUAAUUAGUUUAUCGGAAUCCAAGUUAAAAUUAGACGAAUGGGGUUUUCUUUGUUGGCAUAAGAUCUAAUUAUAUAAAGAAUAAAAAGUCACAGAAAAUCCGCCCCUUUUUCUAUAUUCCUGAUUAUUGAUCAAGAAGCCUCUAUUAACAAGAUAAAAGAUGAAAUUCUUAUUUUCGUGAAAUUAGGCAAAUCAAAAAAAUAUACUCUUCUCGUCAUAUAUAAUGAAAAUCUAUAAAAUAUAGAAUUUUUUCUUUUUUUUAUAUCUUACGAUAAUCCUAUUUUGACUAAGAAUCCCUGAUGGAUGGGAUUCUAACAAACCCUUCAAUAUAUUCAAUAUAAAUAGAA